CCGGCCUCCAUUCUUCCCCCAGCCCCGCCGCGACAUUGGAUGAUUAGAAGAAUGGCGGAUAAGCUUGGCCACCAUCUCCCACAUCGCGCAGACGACCUUAAUAGCCCCACCUCGUCCUCAGACUUCCUCUCGCAGUCAAGCUAUGGGCAUCACAAGCGGGUCUACGGCUCCGAAAUGGAAGCAGUUGAAGAAGAACCGCGUUUUAUGCCCCGACCCCAACCGCUCGCCCCAGUCCGACCGAGAGGUGUCUACCGGCUGGACGAUUUCCUCAUCCAACGCACGCUUGGGACAGGCAGUUUUGGUAGGGUUCAUCUAGUCCGAAGCAAGCACAACAUGCGCUUCUAUGCAAUCAAGGUGCUCAAUAAGGAACGUGUCGUCAAAAUGAAGCAGGUCGAGCACACCAACAAUGAGCAACGGAUGCUUGAAUGUGUCCAACAUGCAUUUAUCAUCAACCUCUGGGGCUAUUUCCAGGACAGCGCAAAUCUCUACAUGGUCAUGGACUUCGUGCCAGGCGGAGAGUUGUUCACGCUACUACGGAGGUCGAAUCGUUUCCCUGACCCGGUCGCAAAAUUCUACGCCGCGGAAGUUGGUCUUGCUCUGAAUUAUCUGCACGGGCUCGGCAUAAUUUAUCGCGACCUGAAACCCGAGAAUGUUCUCCUCAAUGCUGACGGCCACAUCAAGGUCGCAGACUUUGGCUUCGCAAAGGCUGUUGACACAACGACAUGGACACUCUGUGGGACGCCAGAUUACCUUGCCCCGGAGGUUAUUGGACAACAACGAUAUAACAAGUCCGUCGAUUGGUAUGCCCUCGGCAUCCUCAUCUACGAGAUGUUGUUUGGCCUCCCCCCAUACCACAUGACUGAAACAAACCACCUUAUCCUCUACGACCGCAUUCAAGCAGGACCGUCCAAAAUUGCGUUCCCGCCCGCUGCGUUCUCCGAGGCGGCGAAAGACCUAAUCAUGAAGCUCAUGGAGGGUGACCCAUCCAAGCGGUACGGUAACAUGCGCCAUGGUGCCAACGACGUGUUUGCCCACCCCUGGUUCCGCGAAGUCGACUGGGAGAAGCUGGAGAAACGGGAAAUUACUGCGCCAUAUCUGCCACGAAUUGCAGGCGAAGGGGAUGCGAGCGCAUUUGACCGCUAUCCAGAGGAAGACGCCACAUCAGGGUACGGCGUGAUUGGGCCCGACCUCAGUGGUCACCUCUUCCCCGACUUCAACUACACUGCCGAACAGUGA